UAAAAAAUAGAAAUAAUGAUUUUAACGGAAGCCAAAAUUUUAGUGUUUUUUCAUGUUUUAAGUAAAGAAGCGAAGGAGCAACCACUUUAUUUUGUAUCAGUUGAUUUCACUAAGGAGAAUUGGGCCGUGUAGCUGAACUGGGCCAGUUUCAUCAAGUAGCUCAGAUGUAUUAUUAGGGUUUCGUUCUUACCCAUAUAUAGCCGCCGCCGCCAUGUUGUUCGAUAGGUGAACUAUCCGUCGCAGCCGCCGCCGUCUUGUUGGAUAGGUCAACUAGCCGACGCUGCGUCUCUUCUCUAUCCAUCGGCUUCUCAGUAAUUUUCCCAAUUUCAUAAGCAACGCCACAACUCUUCUCAUUCAUCAUCUUCUCAGAUAUUUUCAUAAUCUCAUAGUGUAUUUAGUUGAAAAUGACGCGAGCUUAUAGUGUGAAGGGGAGGAAGCGAAAAACCAAAGACGUUGUUGUGAGAGAGGAAGAUGAAGACCAACAAAUCCAACCAAAGAAACCUUUUCUUCAAAGCAAAGAACCAACACCAACAAUACCAGAGAAAGACAAUCCUGUUGGUAUUUCAGGCGAUAAACCAAAGCUUCAGAACGAAGAACCAACAGGGACAUCAACAAUAACUGAAUUAAAUGAACUCGAUGGUAUCCCAAUUGCUCCUCCAGUUGAGUUAAAAAACAGUGAGAAACCUGGUGUCAUUUUCAUUCUCGAAAAAGCUUCUUUGGAGAUCGGUAAAGUUGGCAAGACUUACAAGCUUUUGAACUCGGAUGAUCAUGCUAAUUUCCUCCUCAGAGAUAAGAAGAAUCCCGGAGAUUACAGACCCGACAUUACUCAUCAGGCACUUCUAUCUAUUUUAGACAGUCCACUUAAUAAAGCUGGAAGGUUGAAAGCUGUAUACAUAAAGACUGAAAAAGGUGAUCUUAUAGAGGUUAAGCCCUAUGUUCGUCUUCCACGAACAUUCAAAAGGUUUGCUGGUGUCAUGGUGGAACUGCUUCAAAAAUUGAGUAUAUCUGCUGCUGGCAAGCGUGAGAAACUUCUCAGGAUGGUAAAAAACCCCGUAACCAAGUAUUUGCCUCUCAACUCGCGAAAAGUUGGUUUUUCUUUUAGUUCAGAGAAGCUUGUGCAUAUGAAUGAUUAUGUUUCAACAAUUCCAAGCAAUAUGGAUCUUGUCUUUGUGGUUGGAGCAAUGGCACAUGGGAAGGUUGAGGUAGAUUACAUUGAUGACUAUCUAGCUAUUUCUGCAUACCCUUUAAGUGCUGCAUAUUGUAUUACAAGGAUUUGUGGUUCCCUUGAGUCAAAGUGGAACAUAUUGUGAUUUAAGCUUCAUGCUUAUUGUACAAUAUUUUUUUGAGUAGCACAUUUAGUUUUUUUAAUAUGAUUGUUAUUUGUUAGUCCUAUGUAUCAGUAUAAGGGAAUCAAGUGUCAGCACCAGGCUUCUAAUUAAGAAACUUGUGUGAAUUGCAAACCCAAUAAUGAUGGGUUGGUCUGUUUGUGUUUGUAACUGAUUAUUAUGUUUGCAACAAUUUGUGUUCCGUGUUACUAGCUGUCGGCUAAAUUAUACAUUUGCUCCCUAAAUUAUUAUGUUUGCAACUUC